AUGCAGACGCGGGCAUGGAUCACGGCACAGCAUCGUUCAUCAGCCAGCUCCCAGCUCCUCUCAGCGCGGGGCAAACUGCUGAAACGAUUUUUACACACGAAGCGCAAGGAAGAGAACCGGGAGGAAGCAGCCGGCGCGCCCGGCUUGGGGCGGAGACGGCCGAUCCGCUUCAACCCCCUCGGUGACGCGGCGUCCCUUACGCGAGACAGGUUCCCCUUACGGGUCUCCGGAGCCCUGCUCUGGGAGAGAAAAGCCAACACGUUUAAACGAGAACAGUUAGCUACAGCUAUAUAUGACAUAUGUGACAUGUAUGUGUGUAUGUUCUUAAAAGCCAGUGCUCUUUAA